AUGAGCAAGAGGAAGGCACCCCAGGAGAGCCUGAAUGAGGGGAUAACCGACUUCCUCGUAGAACUUGCCAAUUAUGAACGGAAUGUCAAUAGAGCCAUCCAUAAAUACAAUGCCUACAGGAAAGCCGCCUCGGUGAUUGCAAAGUAUCCCACAAAAAUCAAGAGUGGAGCAGAAGCAAAAAAAUUGGAUGGUGUCGGAGCCAAAAUAGCAGAGAAGAUAGAUGAGUUUUUGGCUACAGGAAAAUUGCGCAAACUUGAAAAGAUUCGACAAGAUGAUACAAGCUCUUCUAUCAAUUUCCUCACAAGGUUAGUGGAAUCGGGGCCAGCAGCUGCUCGCAAAUUUGUAGAAGAAGGAAUAAAGACUUUAGAUGAUCUAAGAAACAAUGAAAAUAAAUUAAACCAUCAUCAACGGAUUGGUUUAAAAUACUUUGAGGAUUUUGAGAUGCGGAUUCCCAGAGAAGAAAUUCUUAAGAUGCAGGAAAUUGUUCUUGAAAAAGUAAACAAUCUGGAUUCAGAGUACAUCGCCACAGUAUGUGGUAGCUUCAGAAGAGGUGCAGACUCUAGUGGGGAUAUGGAUAUUCUUCUCACUCAUCCUGACUUCACCUCAGAGUCUCCAAAACAGCCGCACCUCUUACAUCAGGUAGUGCAGUGUCUGGAAGACUGCAAAUUUAUCACUGACACACUAGUGAAGGGAGACACUAAAUUCAUGGGCGUGUGCCAGCUACCAUCUGACGGAGGCAAACAGUUCCCCUUUCGGAGAAUUGAUAUAAGGCUAAUCCCCAAGGACCAGUAUUACUGCGGAGUUCUGUACUUCACUGGCAGUGAUAUCUUCAACAAGAACAUGCGGGCCCAUGCUUUGGAAAAAGGAUUUACCUUGAAUGAGUACACACUGAGACCUCUGGGAAUCACAGGAGUUGCGGGUGAACCCCUCCCAAUAGACAGCGAGAAGGACAUCUUUGACUACAUCCAGUAUAAAUAUCGUGAGCCAAAAGACAGGAGUGAGUGA